AGCACUUUCAAUACUUUCCAAAACCAUGAAUUGCUCUAUAGUCAAAAAGAUCAAACGUUUUCGAAAGUCAAGAAACGACGAAAGAUCAAAUGCUCGAUCAGGACCUAAUAUUGCUGUAUAAAAGUAGAAUCCUGCCUAUAUGCCCAUACAUGCAUCCACCCACAGUACUAGCUUGAAAAGAAAGAACAAACUGUGCUUUGCUGUAAUCUGCAUCUCCGAAACCAUGGUAUCCAAUGACUCCACUAUUCCUCAACAUGCCCAUGCCGCCGUUAGUAUGGAGGUACCACUAAAGACAUCAGCAUCACCACCGGAGUACAGUUGUACUAGACGCGGAGGUGGUUCCAAGAAGCAUGCAGUUAUUAAUUUGUUCUCUAGGGCGGUGAUAUUUGCAUCUGCCGUGGCUGGGAUAAUUCUUCUGAUAACUUCUAAACAAACGAAGCUUAUUACGAUUGCACCUGGGGUGGCAAUAUCCAAGGAUGCAAAAUUCAGUCACUCCGAUGCUCACAGAUACCUUCUGGCAGCGCUAUGUACGGCUGCUUUGUACAGCAUCAUCACUGGUUUAUUAUCAGUUUUGGCGCUCAUGAAGCAAGGAGGAAUCUCAUCAAAGCAAAAAUUUCAUUUUUUGAUACUCCAUUCGCUGCUAUUAGGUAUCAUGGCUGCAGCAACUGGAGCAUCUGGAGGUGUAUCGUACAUUGGAUUCAAAGGAAACUCUCAUAGCAGAUGGAACAAGAUCUGUAAUAUGUACAAUUCUUACUGCAUGCACGUCGGAGCCUCUAUUUUUUUUAUCAUUCAUAUCCUCCAUAACACUUCUACUGUUGGUUUGGAUCAACGUUUAUGAAAUUUCCAAGAAGAUCGCCAGGCGAUAGUUUGCUUGAUAUCAGAAAUAUUUUCGAAGUACAAGUUUCAUGUUAUUCAUAUUUUUAGUGUAAGUUUUCUAUGCACGUGUUUUACUUCGUGUUUGUGCUUGUGAC